CGAGUUAACUCUUUCCGACCUGCACCGAGGGAAUCAGCCUACUCCGAGCGGGCGAGCCGUGGCCACUCCGCAGCUGACCCCCGCACGCCGCAGCUCCGCCAGUUCCAUCCCGGCAUCCUCUGCGCCGCAGCCGCCGCCGCCAAGCCCCGGGCGGGAGCCGGGCGUCACUCCCCGCCUGCAGCCGGGCAUUGCUAUGGCAACGCAGCCGCCCCAGCUAUGGCGCUGCAGCCCGCCCCUCCGUCGCGGGUGUUCAUGGAACUGGUUCCCUGGGCUAACCUGGGCCGGGAAAACAACCCGAUCCCGGCCUUGGAGGCGCAGCCCGUCGGCAGCCGUCCCCACGCCGCCAAGGCCCACCCCGGAGCCCGCGAGGUCCACGUGAGCGGCGCGGCCGAGGUGUCCGCCAGCCCCGACCGGGCGCAGGUGGCUGUGCGGGUGAGCAGCACCAAGGAGGUUGCAGCCGAGGCCAAGAAGAGUGUGUGCCGCCGCCUGGACUACAUCACGCAGAGCCUUCAGCAGCAGGGUCUUCAGGCAGAAAAUGUAACUGUGACAAAGGAUAUUAGAAGAGUAGAAAAUGCUUAUCAUAUGGAAGCUGAGGUCUGCAUUACAUUUACUGAAUUUGGAAAAAUGCAAAAUAUUUGUAACUUUCUGGUUGAAAAGCUAGAUAGCUCUGUUGUCAUCAGCCCACCUGAGUUCUAUCACACUUCUGGUUCCAUUGAGAAUCUUCGGCGGCAAGCCUGUCUUGUUGCUGUUGAGAAUGCAUGGCGCAAAGCUCAAGAAGUCUGUGACCUUGUUGGCCAAACUCUGGGAAAACCUUUACUAAUCAAAGAAGAAGAAACCAAAGAAUGGGAAGGUCAAAUUGAUGAUCAUCAGAUAUCCAGACUGCCGGGUUCAUUAACUGUACAGCAAAAAAUCAAAAGUGCAACAAUGCAUGCAGCUUCAAAAGUGUUUAUUACUUUUGAGGUAAAAGGGAAAGAGAAGAAAAAAAAGCAUCUUUAAAAUUCCAACUAAAACAUACUGUAUUUGUAUAUUUAAAUGUGUUUUUAUACAUUUUAUAGUGCUUAUUUCUGUCCUGAACAUACAUAUUGUAUGGUAUACUGAUUCUCUAUAAAAAUCUGCCACUUUUUGAACAUAAUCCCACAGAAUACUUAUGUUCACUUUCUAGUUUCCAAACCAUUCUGAGAAAAAUUGUGAGAAAUAAAUGUAUUAAAACACACUUUUGCAUACUAACAAUUUAUAUAUUGAAAAUAAAAUAAACAAAAAUCAGCUGAUUUUGAAGUUUUACUUCCAGAAGCAGUUGUUAUGUCUUGCUCUUAUUUGUCCAGUUGUAUAGAAAUACAGAAUCUAAGCUGCAUAUCAAGAAAAAAGUUGUUUAUGUUGCAUAAAAAUGUUUUCAAUUUCAUCAGUCUAUAUCUUUGCUCUUUUUUUAUACAAUAUAUUGUGAUUAUAUUCUCUACCCUCCCCCAACUCCUCCCAGAUCCUACCCCCAACAUCCACCCAACUUUAUACUCUUUCUUUCUCUUAAUAAGUCAAAACAAGCCAAAGCACACACAUGCACGCACACACACACACACAGAAUGGGUUUCAGUUUUAUUGGUCAAAUACUCCUGAUCAUGAGGCCUGUGGUGAGGUGCAGUUAAUGUACCUAGUUCCAAAUACUUCCUUGAAGAAAAGUGUUUUUGCUUUUUUCUCUCUCCCAGCAACUACCAAUUGCAAAUAGCUUCUAGGUUAUGAGUGGGAAUGACUUUAUUUCUCUCUUUCUGGGAUUUUGUCUGGCUUAGGCUUGUGCAGGUCUUGUGCAUGCUGUCAGCAGUCUCUAAGUUCACAUGUGCAUCAGCCUUGUGUCUGGAAGAAGUUAUUUCCUUGGAGUCAGCCAUCAUCUCUGUUUUUUACAACUUUUCUGCCUUUUCUUUUGAAUAGACCCCUGAGCCUUGAAGAGAGUAUGUUUGAUGAUGACGUCCAUUUGACGCUGAGUGCUCCAAAAACUGUUCGUUGUCCAGUUGUGGAUUUCUGUGUUGAUGACAAUCCACUGCAAGCAGCUUCUUUAAUGAGGGUUGAGCAACGCUGUGAUCUAUGGGUAUAGCAGUAUGUCUUACAAGUUAUUGCUCUGGUCCUUUAGUAGAAUAUUAGUAGUCUCUCCCUAGGGCCCAGGAACUAUCUAUUCCUAGGUUCUCAUUAAGUGUCAGGUAUGAGUCCCAUGGGAUACUUUUCUUUCAUGUUCAUUUCUAUUUUAUUCAUAAAGCUAGAAAUUGGGAACAGUUUAGAUGUUUAUCUACUGAUGAAUGGCUAGCAAAAAUGUAGUAGAUUUACACAAUGGAAUAUUAUUCAGCUGAUAAGAAAAAUAAAAUUUUUAGGUAAAUGCAUAGUGCUAGAGACAAUCAUUUUAAACUGAAGGAACCCAGACCCAGAAAGAUAGACAUUAUCUGCUUUAUGUGUAGGUGUUAGGGUUUAAGCUUUAAAUAUAUGUGCUUCAAUCAGAAUGACCACAAAGGUUAGGCACAUAUUAGAGAAUAAGAAGAGGGAAACAAUAUAGCGUGGUAAAGGGAAAAUGGAAUUAAAACAAAAAAAUGAAAAAAAAGAACAGUUAUAUGAAAUGAGCAGAAGAGGAGGGUAAUAUGGGGAGGGACAACAAACACUAACUUUUGAAGUCAUGUGAAACCUACUACUAUAGAAGCUUCCUAAAAUGUACAUAUUAUAAAAGUAGUUAAAAUAGGGUUUACCAUAUAGUGGAGGAGACAACACCUCGAGUAGAUAUCAUAUGCCACCAAAUAAACUCCUCAAUGACAGGAAUAGGUUACAUAUUCUUUGAGAUGUUGGCCAAAGGGGUCCCAUAGACACACCCCAAAUAUCAUAGGCUUUGCCAAGGCUCUUGGUUACUCUCUAUAGCCUGAUGGUGAGGCUCCAUUGAUGAAAACAUCACUUACUUUGCAAUUGAACAUGGAGAAAUUGAGCUGGUGCCCAACAAGAAGCUUUACCCCCGUGACUAAAGUACUACACCUAUUACUGGAGGAAAAAAGUUACCAUCAGUCUCACCAGCUAUAAACCCUGAGAGCUACAAUAGCAACCUGCCUGCAAGAUGUGCCCACUGGUACAACAGCGACACAGAUGUUAUGGGAGUAACCAGUCACUUUUUAAUGUUGGUAGACUCUUCUCAACCAUGGAACGUUAGUGCACACACGUAUUUAUAUGCCUGGCUGAUUAUAUGAUUCUAUAAGUUAAAAGCAUGAAAUAUCUGUAGAUAAUCCUUUAAGGUUAUCAAGCACAUUUUUUAAAAAAUAUUCAUUUAUUGUGUAUACAAUAUUCUUUCUGCGUGUAUGCCUGCAGGCCAGAAGAGGGCACCAGACCUCAUUACAGGUGGUUGUGAGCCACCAUGUGGUUGCUGGGAAUUGAACUCAGGACCUUUGGAAGAGCAGGUAAUGCUCUUAACCACUGAGCCAUCUCUCCAGCCCAUAUCAAGCACAUUUUAAAGAUUAUUUAGUAGUGUGUAUAAAUGCUACAGCCUGCAUGUGGAGUUCAGUUUCACCUUCCACCCUGCUGGGGUAGUGCCUUCCUUGUUUCUGCUGUUAAGUUUGUACUUCAGACAAGCUGACCGAGAGUUUCCUGGCAGCCCUCCUGUGCCUACCUCCCAUUUGCCGUAGGCAUGCUAUGGUUACAGAGGAAGACUAAAGGUAUAAAGUUGUUUGUCAGCUAAUGAAAUUUAACUUCUGAUUGCUGUGUGACAAGACUUUUCCUGGUGAGACACAACACAUGCAACACAGGCAAACGAAUGUUUUUCUAAGUAUAUUUGAAACCUACUCACUAUUAUAGCUAUUAUAUAAUAGAGAAGUCUAUUAAGUAAUGUUUAUUUAUAAUAAUCACUGAUAAAAUUAGGAGUCCACUUAGUCACAAGUACAAGUCUGUUGUAGUUGUAAUUUAGCUUAUUUUAUGACUACUGAUAUAAUAGUAGGAGCUGAAUAUAAAUAAGAGCUGGAAAAUAGUGUAUAAUUCAAGAUAUAGUCCCUGAUAACUUCAUGGAAAUUACUGUGUCUUCCAGAAUGUAGGUCAAAGAAAUCCCAUUUCAGUCAGACUUUUUUUUUUUUUGGCAAGAAUUUGAUACUGAGGAUCCAGAAACAUAAAAAAAAAAAAAAAAUGAAUUACAUGGUCGAAAUAGAAUUAAUACAUUUACUACAAUACAAUUUUGAUGAAAAGUGAAUGGUUCUUUGUGCUGGGUAAAAACAGUUUACUCAUAACUUAAUGUAACCUGUUAGUUCAAACUAUUCAGGUAUGUUAAAUGUGAGUUACUAAUCUACACCUGACAUUAUUCUCUGGGACAUCUAAUAGACAUCUAUCAAGAAGAAGAAAUGGAGAUAGGUUAAAUUAAGAUGUAAGACCUAGCAAAUCAGAAGCUCGAGCUAAUGGACAAAGCAGUGAUUUAUAUUUCUGUGUGAUUAUUUUGUGGCUAAGCAGUCAGGAAAUAAACAAAUGACCUUUGUCAACAAAUUGGCGCCAAUGUGGCCAACUAAAAUCCACAUAAAACCUGAGAGGGCUUGGAAAGGAAUUCUAGACACUAAAAAACAAAGUUUGGCCACAUUUCUUUUCUCAAAUGGGCUUUGCUUGCUGGCAGCAUGCUGUGGCUCCUUUAAGAGAGGUUUUCCUGAUUCAGCAGUAGCAAAAAAACAAAUGGCGGUGGCUUCCUGGGCCAUGCCUCCAGCGCAAACUCUGACAAUGUCUGGUUGUGGAGCAUUUAAAUGGGGUUUGUGCAGACUGCUACACCUUGCUUAAUGGCAACAUAGACCCGCUGUGUGCCUAAAAUGGGGCAAGGUACAUGGCUCUCAGAGGCAACAAACAGCUCCACCAUGCUGGACUUGGUGGAGCAAGCAGGA